CAUUUCCGGAUCCCCUGAAGUGGUCGCCGACCCUUCGCCUUGCGUUGUGACGCUUUCGUAACGUGGGGUUUCCCGGAGCAGAAUGCAGGGUUACCGCGCCCAUCUGUGCUGUUUGAUGGCCCGAGGAAGAAGCGACUGAGAUCCAGGCGUGAAGGCACAAACCGGGCCGUCAUCGGUUGGAAAGACGACAACGGGUACUUGCUGGAAGCUGGAAUUCGCGCGGAGAACCGGGGAAGCUUCGUCGGGACUCUCGAUCCGUCUGCCUGGCUGAACACCGCCGGUCUGUGCGCCCGUGUGCCCCCCCCCCCCCCCCUCGGCGGCUCUGACUGGGUUCGGGGAGUGCCGCUCCUCGGUGAUUAAACUCCAUCGUUACGAGCGACCGGGUUGCUGGUUGAACGACCACGUCCGUUGUUUCCGGUCAAUGUGAUUCAAACACCGACAGGCUUCGUCUGAAAGAUCAGCAAGAGCCCGGCGGCGGAGUGAAGCCCACCUUUAGCAGAGGAAAAUGAGUGAACUGGAUCAGCUACGCCAGGAGGCCGAGCAGCUGAAGAACCAGAUCAGAGAUGCCAGGAAAGCGUGUGCAGACGCCACCUUGUCUCAGAUCACAGCCAACAUUGAUCCUGUUGGACGGAUUCAAAUGCGCACCAGACGGACACUGAGGGGGCAUCUGGCUAAAAUUUACGCCAUGCACUGGGGCACGGACUCCAGGCUGUUGGUCAGCGCCUCCCAGGAUGGGAAGCUCAUCAUCUGGGACAGUUACACCACCAACAAGGUCCACGCCAUCCCGCUGCGCUCCUCCUGGGUGAUGACGUGCGCGUACGCCCCCUCUGGCAACUACGUGGCGUGCGGCGGCCUGGACAACAUCUGCUCCAUCUACAACCUGAAGACCCGUGAAGGAAAUGUGCGCGUCAGCCGUGAGCUAGCAGGACACACAGGUUACCUGUCCUGCUGUCGUUUCCUGGACGAUAACCAGAUUGUCACCAGCUCUGGAGACACCAGCUGUGCUCUGUGGGACAUAGAGACGGGCCAGCAGACGACCACCUUUGCGGGUCACACCGGGGACGUGAUGAGCCUGUCGCUGGCGCCCGACACCCGGCUGUUCGUGUCUGGGGCGUGCGACGCCUCCGCUAAGCUGUGGGACAUCAGAGAAGGAAUGUGCCGGCAGACCUUCACCGGCCACGAGUCGGACAUCAACGCCAUUUGUUUCUUCCCCAACGGCAACGCCUUCGCCACGGGCUCAGACGACGCCACCUGCAGGCUGUUCGACCUGCGCGCCGACCAGGAGCUGAUGAUCUACUCCCACGACAACAUCAUCUGCGGCAUCACCUCCGUGGCGUUCUCCAAGAGCGGCCGCCUACUGCUGGCCGGCUACGACGACUUCAACUGCAACGUGUGGGACACUCUGAAGGCCGACCGCGCAGGCGUCCUGGCCGGUCACGACAACCGCGUGAGCUGCUUGGGCGUGACCGACGACGGCAUGGCCGUGGCUACAGGGUCCUGGGACAGCUUCCUGAAGAUCUGGAACUAGAAGCUGAAGGCGUUCGGACUCCAAAGCUGCGUGAAAGACCAUUCCAACAUCAUAAUGUUUAAUUUCAUUGCAUAUCCAAUCUUUUUGAAAACCAUCAUGAUACUGACUCCAACCCCUCCCCCCCAGAAACCACCAACAGCAGACCCCCCCUUUAAAAGAGCACAACUGUCUGUCAGUCACUCAGUUCCAACCACCGUUUAGGCUUUAGUGGUUUUGAGAAGGACCAGGGGGGUCGAUUGUGCGUUCCUCCAACCCCCCUGGUCCGGUAACGGUAAAACAUGCCCCCCCACCCCCACCCCCACCCCAGAGCAAAGGCCUCCUGUCUGACUGGACGUGUUUUCUGUUUCUGAACACGUGUGGCGUCUGAGCCGGAUCGUCAUCGUCACGAAGGUCCGGCUGUGUCCCCCCCACAGGAAGCCCCCCCUCCCUCCCCGCUCCGUGUCGUUUGCACAACAUAAACUCUGCAUAUAUAGAAACGUGUCUACAGGAAACUAACCAAGCACACAGACGAACGCUCCAUGACGUCCAGGUGGCCCCUCCCCCUCCAUCGGGGUCCUCUGCCCGUAGUCGGGCGCCGUCGGGGUCGUCGGGUAGGGACGGCCUCCGCUUCAGGCCUGGUUGACACCCGGAGGUUUGUGGUGACAGAGGUGGCCGUGGCGUGCUUGGACCUGCAGUUCCUACUCUGUGAAUGACAUGUUGUAUAAAUCAAUGUUUGAAAAUAAUAUUGAAACUUUUUAAGUUAAAAAGGAAAAAAAAGAUUUGGGUCGUCUGCCAUGGGUGGGGUAUCUCUUAGAAUCGCAUGCUGUAGAAUUGCUUCAAAGGUGCAUAUGGAAUUGAGUCUUUUUUGAUGUUUUCUUUAAGAAAAGAACCUGUUGAAUAUAUCAAUACAACCGUAUUUAUAUAUCUUCCUUUUUUGCUACUCUGUGCAUACGUGAUCCACCUGACAUGUCUAAGCUAUGCACUGGAGGAGCAAACCCUGCAACAGUCUCGGUUCCCUGGUCCAUGCUGGGGGGGGCAUCCACAGGUUCACUCUGUCACCGCGGCGACAACAUCAGACGGAACCAACCGGUGGUCGUUCCUUCUGUAGCAAAGCGACCUUUCCUUCAGUAGAAGCUGGAAUCUUCUGGAAGCAGACGCUCUUUCUUUAGUCUCUCUCUCUCUCUCUCUCUCUUCUGCAACAUUCUGUACAAAUGUGCUGUAAUUGUGCGUUAGGCCUGGAGUUGGCAACAAAUAAAAAGAUUAAACAUUUAUUAAAUGCCCUUUUUUCCUCCUCCUCCAUGGAUAACUGUAGAGCUCUGCAUCCCCACUCUUCCCUUCACACCUUUUGUAUUUAAUUUGAAAGUCAGUCAGUGUAAACGGAAAGCUGGAUGCAAGAUAGACUCUAUAAAAUGUACUGUUAUUUAAGACGUAAUAAAGAGCAGUUUGAUGAG